GAAGUAGAUGCGACCGAGUCAACACCCACAACAAUGUUUUGGUCUCACUCUUCAAGUAUGUGAAGCCACCAAAGUGCUACGAUUUAGCGUGUGAUGUCGUAGGGUUUAGUCGCCCCGGAGAUGCCACUGCUGAUACAAAACCGGGAAUUGGAGCGAAUAAGCUCCACUGCGGAACUGUUCGGCAAAUAUCCUCAUUUACAGGAGCAUGCGAAGGUUUUCCGCUCCCAGCCACUUGCUGACGUGGACCCCAAGUGCCUCCUCUAUGUUCAACAAAGAGAGUUUGCUGCCACAACACCAUCCGACGAUUGUGUUUCAGUCAUGGGAUCCGAUGAUGCCACCACCUGCCAUUUAGUUGUGCUGCGACAUACAGGAAGCGGAGCUGUCUGCCUUGCCCACUGUGACGGUUCCAACACCUGGUCUGAAGUUCCUCUGCUUGUAAAGUCUGUGACGUCAUUGAGUCAUUCUACUAAGGAGGGAAGGCUGGAGCUUCAUCUUGUUGGGGGAUUUAAAGAUGAUUCGAUGACAUCACUUGGACUCAGCCUUAACAUUCUAGGAGCUUUUCAGAAACAAAGAGAGGACAUACACCUGAUCACAUGUUGCAUCACAGACAUGAAUGAUGUUGUGGAGAAUGGAACACACAAACCUGUGAUCUACGGAAUAGGUGUGAAUGUUAAAACAGGAGUCGUAUUUCCUGCAUCCUUUCCACAAAAAGGACCUGCGGAGGAUUUGCGUUCCGCACGAACCUUUACUGGAGGACAGAUGACGGAAAUCUAUGACUCGUGUCUUGGGCUUGUGAAAGUCGGUCCUUGCAGGUGGUCUCCAAACAUGGACAUCGCCUUUUGGUUGUCACAAACUGAUGACACCAUUUUAAAGUACUUGUCCACUUCUCCCAUGGCGGAGCCUCCACAUUUUGUCCAGCACAUAAAGUCCACCAUCAGGUUCCUUUUGGCGCAUCCCAACGCAGAGACUUUGUUUCCUGGUGGCGAGCCUCAGUUUUACCAGAGGACCGAGCGAGGAGACUGGGAGAGGGUUCAACCUUCAUAGACCUCCUCCAAAAUGGACUCAAUGCCUUUCCAGCCACUGUGAACAACUGUCUUCUCUUCACCUUCAUUUUCUCCAAUGAAGUGAACAUUCAAGACCUAAUGUGUUUAUUUUCUCAUUUAUGAAGUGGAUUGUGAACAUUAUGAUGUUAUUUUCUGGGAGGCUAGAAUCUGUUUCUUAUUUUUUUAUUAAAUGAUGCAUUGCCUUACAUGCUAAAACCUUUUUAAUUCGUAAUUGUCAAACUAUAUUAGGAUGUGCUAUUAAGAAAAAAAAGAUGGCUGUUGUCAUGAGGGAGUGAAGCGAUAAUGUCUGAGACAUUAAUACAGAUGUUGAAUAACAAAUAUGUACGCAGACAAUCCAAUGUAGGAUUAAAAGUAGCAUAGUUUUAAAACUAACAAGUAGACUGACAAAGUAAUGAAGGUGGGACGACAGCUUGAAUGUUUCUGUUUGUGUAAGAAACCGGGGUCAUGUGAGGUGAGAUGGACUGACCUAUAAAGAUGUUGAGCAAUGAAGUGUGAGGAGGGAGUGUGAGAAAUGUGUAACUUAAGAAUGUGGUGUGACUGGACUGAAAUAAAAACGGAUUGGUUU